ACCAGCAAUUGAACAAGCUUCGACUCUUAUUAUACCUGAAUUAUUAUCUCAAGACAAUGUACUAUUCAAGGACGAUGUGCUACCCCAGGACAAUGUAAUACUUCAAGGCAAUAUACUACCCCAAGAUGAUGUACUACCUCAAGAUAAUGUACUACCUCAAGAAAUACUACCCCAAAGUGAUAUACUACAUCAGGAUGAUGUACUACCCCAAAGUGAUGUAUUACCUCAAGACAAUAACGAUAUAUUACUCCAAGAAAAUGCAUUGUCUCAAGAUAUUAUGAUUAAAAAUAACAAC